AUGGAGACUACGUUUGUUGAAUCGGACUCGCCGACCGUCGAAUUAAACGCCAAGAUAUGUGGCGCGUUGGUGGCUAUCGCCGUACUGAUUUCGGCAAUUGUCUUGUGCCUUUGGCGAAGGAAGAAGCAAUCUUCUGACAAAGCUCAAAGCAAUCAGUCAUCAGGCGACAGGAGAAUACCUAACUCGGCGAAGGACCAAACCUCAGAGGAGCCUGCUGAAGAG